CCCUGCCCAGAUUGCUUGGGGUUUUAUCGCAUCAGUGACUUUCGAAAGCACAUGAAGUACUACUGCAUUGCCAAGGAAAGUGAAAUAGACACCGAAGACAGUUUCAGAAAUGUAAAGCUUGAAAGUUGUCUACUCAUGAAUGAUUUCGCAGAAGCAUCCCCAUUGGUGAAAACUGUUCUAGUAGGAAUGAAGCAGGACAAGAUAUCCCAAGUGGUGAAGCAAGAUCCCCUAAUAAUUCAGCUGGGAAAUGCACAUAGUCGCACUUUUGGGAUGGACCCGCAGAGAAGAAGGCAUUAUGUUGCUCAAGAAAUGCGACUGGUUGCAAGGCUUAUGAUCAAUCUACAUGAGAUCACACAGUCAAAUGCUUUAGUAGAUGACUUUAUUGAGCCCCAGAAGUUUGACACUGUGGUACGUGGUGUGCGCUUGACAUCAGGCCAGACUGAUGAAAUUGAGCGACCUUCAGUUGCCUUAAAACUGGGCCACACUCUUUCCAAAUUGGCGGCAAUCAAAAGGUGUUCAGCCCUGAGAAGAGGAGACAAGAAAGCUGAGCAGGAGGCCAAGUGUUUCCUUAAGCUCAAAGAAGCUGAAUGGGCCGAGCAGAUCUCAUCAGAAGUCCUUGGCAAAAUUUCUCAGCGCAAGUAUAACAAGGUUACAGAGCUUCCUGAAUCUGAUGAUGUAAAAAUGUUCACAUCAUUCCUGCAAGAAAACAUCGAGAAAGCAACAGUGAACCUGGAACAACGAGCAUCUGCCGUGAAUUUUCGGAGAUGUAGUGAGUUAGUCCUUGCUCGACUCACAACCUUCAACAAACGAAGAACAGGCGAAACAGAGCAGCUUGCUCUCAAGUCGUAUACAAGUCGGCCCAACUGGGAUGCAGCAAGUAUCUCCGACAUAAAGCAGUAUCUGACGCCUCUUGAACGCCACCUAAUGCAGGAAUUGGAUAUGGUGUAUACACGUGGUAAACGCGGGAGGAAAGUACCCAUUCUGAUUCCGGCAGAGACCAAGGCAGCGAUGGAUCAGCUGACAACUUGUCGUGAUGUUUGUGGGGUACCCAAAGAGAAUCCAUACUUCUUUGCUCGACCUGGCUGUAACACCAACCUACGAGCCUGUGAUAGUCUGCGAGAACUCACUAAGGAAGCCAAUUUGCAGAAACCGCAUCUAAUUCGCACCACAAAAAUGCGAAAGUAUACAGCAACAGUCAGCCAGAUCCUCAACCUCAAGGACUCUCAGUUGGAUUGGUUAGCAGACCAUCUUGGACACAGCAUCAAUGUUCACAGAGACUACUAUCGUCUCUCUGCACCCACUAUCGAACUGACAAAAGUAGCCAAACUUAUGUUGGCCAUUGACAGUGGCAAUGUAGGGAAGUUUGUGGGGAAGUCCCUGGACGAAAUAGAUCUUGAUGACAUUCCUGUGCCAGAUAUGGAUUCAGACACUGAAGAAGCUCAAGUCGGUACUUCCGAAGCAGCAGCAGGGUCCACAACGCACACCAGGAAGAAACGAGGCACUGGAGAUGUGACAGAUGUCCGUGCCUCUGCAGUGUCCAGCCCGAUGCAGUCUCCAGAACCAGGUCCCAGGCCAACAGGAGAGUCCAAUGCAGCAGCAGGGUCCACAACGCACACCAGGAAGAAACAACGCACUGGAGAUGUGACAGAUGUCCGUGCCUCUGCAGUGUCCAGCCCGAUGCAGUCUCCAGAACCAGGUCCCAGGCCAACAGGAAAGUCCAAUGGCACUGCUCCCAAAUCUCGAAGGCCAUGGAGCAAAUCCGAAACUUCGGCUGUUUGGACAGGACUACACGAAAUAAUAAAGUGUCACAGAGUUCCUGGUAAAAGUGAGUGUGAAGCAUGCAUGGAAAAAAUGCAUCCUGCUCUCAAUCAGCGGUCGUGGAGGGAUGUUAAGUACAAGGUGAAAACUAUUCUAUGUGGCAUCGAACGGGACAAAGAAAAGAACUGAAACAUUCAUAGAGUUGCAUAGUAUAUCCUUGUUGCAGUUGAAAAAUGUUAACUUUAACAUUUAUUCCACAUUACAGCAAAUGUCCCUAUUUUAUACAUGUAUCAAAUAGGAUCAUUUCUGUCCAUAUUUUGCAGGUUGCACUUGAUUGAAGUGCAAACACAGACUGUUAUUGUCCAUUUAUGCAUGGCAUGAGGAUGAAGGAACAAAUUAUGAUGUUGGAAUACCCAGUGAAAGUUUUUUAUAUGGGUACAUGUUUUUUUCUUAUUUUUGUGUAAGCCAUAUCGUGUCAACAAUUUUACUUUGCUUUGGUGUACCAAUUAAAAUGUUACGACUUUCAUUUAGAAGAUGAAGUGGACAACCAAUAGAUACUGCAGGUUUUAAGAGUUUAAUAUGGGCGUUUGUAAAACAAAGAAAUUGAAGUUGAUUUCCAUAGUGAAAAGGUAAUAAUUGUAACAUCUCGAUGCAUUUCUUGGUGGAACAUUUACUGUAAGAAAUGGCAAAAUCUUUUCUUGAUGGUGAAGUAAUUUCUUACUGUGGCCAUUUUCAAACAUGGCAGUGCUGCAACAGGGCUGUUUCUAGGCCUAGUCGCUAUGACUGUAUCCAAAUCUAUAGCUUAAAGUAAACGUUACCUGCUGCCAAUUUUAUGUAGAAUUUGGACCUUAGUCCAGUACACAGAGAAUUGGACUCCAUGCAGACACACUGGCAAGUAAUGUGCAAAACAGAACCGAUACCGACCCAACUCGAAACUGACGGGGUCGGGUCGUGUCGGUUUUCCAUCAUUUCAGUCGUGUCGUGUCGUUUUUUUUCAUCAUUUCAGUCGGG